CUUUCGUAACCUAUAGAAGCAGAAGACUAAGUUGAGGAAAGCAUUGGUGUUACUUUUUCCACCUGAUUUUUACAAAGCAAAAAAUUGAAAUUCUGAAAUGGACGAGGAUAACGAUAAGGAACAUUUGUUGGAAGAUGAUUAUUACACGUUCCUCAAUAUUCCUAGAAAUGCAACCCAAGAAGAGAUCAACAAUGCUUACCGCAGACAAAGCAAACUUUAUCACCCGGAUAAACACGUGGACCCUGUGCAUAAGAAGGAAGCGGAGGUUUUAUUCAACCGUACUAAAGAAGCGUACAAAGUUUUAAGUAAUCCGCAUCAGAGAGCCAUUUAUGAUUCUGUGGGAAUUCGAGGCUUACAAACGGAUGGAUGGGAGAUCGUGGAACGUACGAAAACCCCUCAAGAAAUCAGAGAGGAGUACGAGCAUCUUGCUAAAGAAGCUGAAGAAAGAAAGUUAAUGCAACUGACAAAUCCUACCACUAGUAUCGUAAUGAAUAUCAAUGCCACGGAUCUUUUUGACAGAUACGACGACGAUGAUUAUGAAGAUAGCAGGAACAUACUUUCAUGCUUAGAAGUCAGUGGAAUGUCGUUCACACAAUCAAUCGAGGCACCUCUUACUUUACAAGACACUGUAACCCUGUACGGGCAGGUGACUACUCAAAAUGGCAUAGGGAGUGGUUCUGUUAAUUUCGCGGCCAGACGAUUGCUCUCGUCGAAAGGUUGGGUAGAAGUAGACUUUGGUGCCGGCAAUGGACCGAUGUUGGGCUUUAAAGGUUUCCGUGUGUUGCCUCACAAAUUAAUGCUUAACGGAGGUACCAUAUUGGAGUUCACACCGGUCGAGAUGAAGGCGAAUCUUGUAGGGACCUUGUCGAUGGAGUUAGAUACCCAUACUAUAGGGCAGCUUACGUACAAUGCAGGUCCAGAAAGCGCGAUGAGUACAGCGAUCGUAAGAGACACUUCUAGAUCUUAUACAUCGUUUCGAUUACAAUUUGGUAUUCAGCGGUCGUUUCUUAGUCUUAAUUACACUCACAAGAUGGAAGAGAGAGGAAUGAAACUACGAGGAGGUGUGAAGGUUGGCACGUUCGGAGUGACCGUUGAGUACGGAGCAGAGAAGAAGAUUUCACGGCACAGUAAAAUUUUCGCCACAGUAUGCGCCGGAGUGCCAACAGGAGUUGCGUUAAAAAUUAAAUUAAAACGUUCCUUUCAAACGUAUUCGUUUCCCAUUCAGUUGAGCGACGAACUUCUUCCAGCAACUGUCUUCUAUGCCACUGUAGUUCCCUUAGUAACAUGGGUGUUCGUUAAAAAGAUGGUGAUAGAUCCUAUGGUAAAGAAACGAAUGGAACGUGAAAAGGAGAAAGAAAAGGAGGUGAACAAAACGAGAAUGAUGGAGAAACAAAAAGAAGCAGAAAGUGCUACCAAAUUAAUGAGCGCAACGGUCAGCAGAAUAAGAGCUCAGGAAGAAGCGAAGAAAGGUUUGAUUAUUACCAAAGCAUUGUAUGGACGAUUUGUCUAUCCUCAAGAGGAGCAGUAUAAUUCAGAGCAGCCCAUGCGCAGAGAUGAAGUGAUAGAUGUAACUAUUCCUUUGCAGUGCUUAGUGAAGGAUUCAAAGUUAAUUCUUUAUGAUGCUUCCAAGAGCGAGCUACCAGGCUUUUAUGAUCCAUGCGUUGGAGAGGAGAAACAGUUAUUAAUACAAUAUCUGUUUCGUAGUCGAACACACGAAUGUAUCGUAAAGGACAAUGCACCAGUUAGAAUACCAUUACCAUCCCACAGAGUAAAUACGACAUGACGUAAACAACAACAGAGAAUAAUAAAGUGAAAUCAUCGUGAUUCGCGGUGAUAGUUUGUACCGCUUCAUGGAGUUAUUUUCAGUCAUUUUUUAGAUUAAACUUCUGCAAUUCCUUGUUGACGAAA